CUCAUGUGUCCGUUAAGCAACUCUGCCUUGAGUGACGUGCUGACCAAGGAGACACGGUGAACUGGUGAAACCCAGAACGUUCCGAGAGAAGCUUCAAAGGGACACAGAGGUGCUGGUGUCUCGUAGACUCCCUGGCCCGGGUUAAAAUGGCAGAGUUAAAGUACAUUUCUGGAUUUGGGAACGAGUGUGCUUCAGAGGACCCUCGCUGCCCGGGUUCCCUGCCCGAAGGACAGAAUAAUCCUCAGGUCUGCCCCUACAACCUCUACGCGGAGCAGCUCUCGGGAUCAGCCUUCACUUGUUCACGGAGCACCAAUAAGAGAAGCUGGCUGUAUAGGAUUCUCCCUUCAGUUUCUCACAAGCCCUUUGAGUCCAUUGACCAAGGCCACGUCACUCACAACUGGGAUGAAGUUGGUCCUGAUCCUAACCAGCUUAGAUGGAAACCAUUUGAGAUUCCAAAAGCAUCUCAGAAGAAAGUGGACUUUGUGAGCGGGCUGCACACCUUAUGUGGAGCUGGAGACAUCAAGUCUAACAACGGACUUGCUGUUCACAUCUUCCUGUGUAACUCCUCCAUGGAGAACAGGUGCUUUUACAAUUCAGAUGGGGAUUUCCUGAUCGUUCCCCAGAAAGGGAAGCUUCUCAUUUACACAGAGUUUGGCAAGAUGCUGCUGCAGCCCAACGAGAUCUGCGUCAUUCAGAGAGGAAUGCGAUUCAGUGUCGAUGUCUUCGAGGAGACCAGGGGCUACAUCCUGGAGGUUUAUGGUGUCCACUUUGAGUUACCUGACCUGGGACCCAUUGGAGCGAAUGGCUUGGCCAAUCCUCGUGAUUUCUUGAUCCCUGUUGCCUGGUAUGAAGAUCGUCAAGUGCCUGGUGGUUACACUGUGAUUAAUAAAUACCAGGGCAAGCUGUUUGCUUCCAAACAGGAUGUCUCCCCGUUCAAUGUUGUGGCCUGGCAUGGAAAUUAUACACCCUACAAGUACAACCUGGAGAACUUCAUGGUCAUCAAUGCAGUGGCCUUUGACCAUGCGGAUCCUUCCAUUUUCACAGUGCUGACUGCCAAGUCUACCCGACCUGGAGUGGCCAUAGCGGACUUUGUAAUUUUCCCACCUCGGUGGGGGGUGGCCGAUAAAACCUUCAGGCCUCCGUAUUACCACCGGAACUGCAUGAGUGAAUUCAUGGGACUCAUCAAAGGUAAUUAUGAGGCAAAGCAAGAUGGAUUCCUGCCAGGGGGAGGCAGCCUGCACAGUAUCAUGACCCCUCACGGCCCGGAUGCAGACUGCUUUGAGAAGGCCAGCAAGGCCAAACUGGCACCUGAGAGAAUUGCUGACGGCACCAUGGCAUUCAUGUUUGAAUCUUCCUUGAGUUUGGCAGUCACCAAGUGGGGACUCAAGACCUGUAGAUGCUUGGAUGAGAACUACUACAAAUGCUGGGAGCCCCUCAAGAGCCACUUCACCCCCAAUUCCAGGAACCCCACGGAACCUAAGUGAGACUGAAGCCUGCUCCUGUAAUUGAGAAUAGAUUUGCAUGGUUUCCUUGAGAACCUCACACCCUCUGGGGAUAUGGGGACAGGGAUUAAAAUGAGAGCUCACUUUUCAUAGUCAAGUAACCCAGAGUGUUCGUGGAAAUGCAUUCGGAAAUGUCUAUGGCUUUCUCAUUACUAAAUAAAUAUGUGUUCUGUGGA